GAAUAAAUGAUGGCCCCAAGAGAGGAAUCAUCAUUGUAGUAGGUAUUAAUAGAAAUACAAAUGUUAAACUCUUUGAAAAGAGAGAGAGGGGACUGUUAUGUUAUGGAAUUCUCUAUUAUAGCUGCUUUAAAAUAAAGAACAUAUUUGGUUGCACAUAACAAAAAGCAAACAGUGGCAGAAUCCAAGGUUUUUAUAGUCUGAAUAAUCAGAGCUCCCUAGGUCACCCAGUUAGAUCUUGUGCCAUCAGGGACUCUAGCUCUUUCCUUCUCUCCUGUUCAUCUCCAUAGUAAAUUAGUUUCACUUUUAUGGCUGUCCCAGAUGUUCAAAGCGGGUAGCUGCUAUACCUCCCAUGUCCUGGAUCCUCAGACAUACCUGUAGCAGUGUAGUGGAAGUCUGCCGUAGAGAUACCAAUAGAACCUUGCCAUUCUGCCCUGUUUCCUAGAAGACUGUCAGUGAAGUGUUAAGUGAAAAUACCACAUUGUGAAAUAAUUCACUUAAUAGGGUUAAGCAGUCCAGAGAAGCUGAACCAGUCAGCCUCUGACAUCAGAGACAGUAGACCUUCAACUGUACAAAGUUCAUUCGCAUUGUAGAGUGUAACCUGCUCUACUUAAAGUGCACCAAUUUCAGUGUUAAUCUCAUCCAAAAAUCAUCUUCCAGAAACAGAACACUAGUCAACCAACUAUCUAGAUGAUGUGACCCAGCCAGAUUGACAUACAAAUCAGAUCCCAUAUCAGAGGAAGGAGACAGGCAAGCCUUUUGUUGUUGUUGAAAUCACAUUUAUAAAUUACAUAUCUAAUAAACAUUGCAUAGGCAAGUUUCAGUUUGAAUAAACGGGUGGAGUCAUGUGAGUCAUGGGGAUUCUGCCUAUGUUGGUGUUGAGAUGUUUAUUUUUCCUCUUCCCAGUCUUGACUGCCAUCGAAGGCACAGCACACGGGGAGCCCUGCCACUUCCCUUUUCUUUUCCUGGAUAAGGAAUAUGAUGAGUGUACAUCAGAUGGGAGGGAAGAUGGCAGACUGUGGUGCGCCACGACCUACAACUAUAAGACAGAUGAAAAGUGGGGCUUCUGUGAAACUGAAGAAGAGGCUGCUAAGAGACGACAGAUGCAGGAAGCCGAAAUGAUUUAUCAAACUGGAAUGAAAAUCCUCAAUGGAAGCAAUAAGAAAAGUCAGAAAAGAGAAGCAUAUCAGUAUCUUCAGAAGGCUGCAGGCAUGAACCACACUAAAGCCCUGGAGAGAGUGUCAUAUGCUCUGCUGUUUGGUGAUUACCUGACACAGAAUAUCCAGGCAGCGAAAUCGAUGUUUGAGAAACUGACUGAGGAAGGCUCUCCCAAAGGACAAACUGCUCUUGGCUUUCUCUAUGCCUCUGGGCUUGGAGUUAAUUCAAGUCAGGCAAAGGCUCUUGUGUAUUAUACUUUCGGAGCUCUUGGAGGGAAUCUAAUAGCCCACAUGGUUUUGGGUUACCGGUACUGGGCUGGCAUCGGAGUCCUCCAGAGUUGCGAAUCAGCACUGACCCAUUAUCGUCUUGUUGCCAAUCAUGUUGCGAGUGAUAUAUCACUAACAGGCGGCUCAGUAGUACAGAGAAUACGACUGCCAGAUGAGGUGGAAAACCCAGGAAUGAACAGUGGGAUGCUAGAAGAAGAUUUGAUUCAGUAUUACCAGUUUCUAGCUGAGAAAGGUGAUGUACAAGCACAGGUUGGUCUGGGACAACUGCAUCUGCAUGGAGGUCGUGGAGUUGAACAAAACCAUCAGAGAGCCUUUGACUACUUCAAUUUAGCAGCCAAUGCUGGCAAUUCACAUGCUAUGGCCUUCUUGGGAAAGAUGUAUUCGGAAGGAAGUGAUAUUGUUCCUCAGAGUAAUGAGACAGCACUUCACUACUUUAAAAAAGCUGCUGACAUGGGCAACCCAGUUGGACAGAGUGGGCUGGGAAUGGCCUACCUCUACGGGAGAGGAGUUCAAGUUAACUAUGAUCUGGCACUGAAGUAUUUUCAGAAAGCUGCUGAACAAGGCUGGGUGGAUGGGCAGCUACAGCUUGGUUCCAUGUACUAUAAUGGCAUUGGAGUCAAGAGAGAUUAUAAACAAGCCCUGAAGUAUUUUAAUUUAGCUUCUCAAGGAGGGCACAUCUUGGCUUUCUAUAAUCUAGCACAGAUGCAUGCCAGUGGCACAGGGGUGAUGCGAUCCUGUCACACCGCAGUGGAGUUGUUCAAGAAUGUAUGUGAACGAGGCCGUUGGUCUGAGCGGCUUAUGGCUGCCUAUAACAGCUACAAAGAUGGUGACUGUAAUUCUGCAGUGACGCAGUACCUCCUGCUGGCUGAACAAGGCUAUGAAGUGGCCCAGAGCAAUGCAGCCUUUAUUCUUGACCAGAGAGAAGCAACCAUUGUAGGUGAAAAUGAAACUUACCCCAGAGCUUUGCUACACUGGAACAGGGCUGCUUCGCAAGGCUAUACUGUGGCUCGAAUUAAGCUUGGAGACUACCAUUUCUAUGGAUUUGGCACCGAUGUAGAUUACGAGACCGCAUUUAUUCAUUAUCGUCUUGCUUCUGAGCAACAACAUAGUGCACAAGCUAUGUUUAAUUUGGGGUAUAUGCAUGAGAAAGGUCUAGGCAUUAAGCAGGAUAUUCACCUUGCAAAGCGCUUUUAUGACAUGGCAGCGGAAGCCAGCCCAGAUGCACAAGUUCCUGUCUUCCUAGCCCUCUGCAAAUUGGGCAUUGUCUAUUUCUUGCAGUAUAUACGGGAAACAAAUAUUCGAGAUAUGUUCACUCAACUGGAUAUGGACCAGCUUUUGGGACCUGAGUGGGACCUUUACCUCAUGACCAUCAUUGCAUUGCUGUUGGGAACAGUCAUAGCUUACAGGCAAAGGCAGCACCAAGACAUGCCCAUGCCCAGGCCCCCAGGGCCACGGCCAGCUCCACCUCAACAGGAGGGGCCGCCAGAGCAGCCGCCACCACAGUAACAGCCUGGUGUCCAGCCUCCCUCGGUGAAGACUGAGAAACUUGUUUGCUGAGAACACUUGCAUUUGAUUUAGGACUUUGGAUGCUAGUGGCCACCUCCUGGGAGACGCCCAAGGAAACAUUGAAUUCCUAAAGCUGCUUAGAAUCUGAUGCCUUUAUUUUCAGGGAUAAGUUAACUCUUACCUAACCUAAGUUGAAUGUUUGUUUCAGUGCCAUAAGGAAUAACAGCUCUCCGUGGCUUUCUUCUUUCUUCCCUCUCCCCCACUCCCUUGGAAACAUGACACUCAGAGGGAUGUCUUCUGCAUCCAGUCUUUCUUGAGUCCUUUGAUCAUCUUCUCAGUGUCCAUGAGUUUUUACAUCAGCCAUCUUUAAGGUCUUGUGGUGCAUCGACACUAAAAAGUGAUCAACUUGGGAGUAACUCAGUUGCAAGUUUCACUUAAACAUGUCUAAAAGUCGGAAAGUAGAUCUUACCUGUUAAAUAACAACAACAAAAAAGUUCUCCAAAGUGCUCUGGAACUACAAGAACAACAGUUUACUAGUCCAAAUGCAAGUACACAUAUUCAGCAUUGUUGGGUUGUUGUUUUUUUUUAAUUUUAAAAGGGAAGGUUGAGUGUUAUUAUUAUUGGAGAUUGUCACACUUCCUACCACACUUAUCUCCUUCAGAGACUGAAAGGUUUUGUUGUUUGAAAGAGUACUAUGAGAACUUAUUUUCUUUGUAAUAGAAUAUAAGUAAAACUUGGUGAACUGAUUCCUUGUGCUAACAUGUCAAUUUGCCCCAUAUACCAGUGUAAUUUGCCUAUUUAUUUUGAAUAUUCAGAGCUUUGAUCCAGAAGCCAGAGGAUGGACUAAAAAGGGAAAAACUGAAAAGCAAUACUGAAAGACUUUAGAUGAGAUAACAAGAUCAUAGACUCACUUUCCCAAAAGUUGGUGCAUUUGUUUCCAGGUUUUAUUUUACUUUGCAUUUCUUACUGCAUAAAGACCAGCUCACCCUCUUGAAUUUUUCAAACAUGUAAAACUCUUGCUGGCUUAUAGCAGACAGUGACUACCAUGAUAAUAAUCUUGAAACUCUGAAAAAUGAAGAUGGAUUCAUUUCAGUGAGGGGCAAGAGCAAAGGCCUGUUAGUACUAUUCUGCAUGCUCGGCUUUUAAUUUCUCACUGUCUUAUAUUAACAGGAAAGUCAACCAAAUGCUUAGCAUUAACAUUAGGGAACUCAAGGCUAUCAGAGUUGAGAACUGCCUCUUUAAAUUGGUGAGGUAGGAACCUCUGAACAAGAAAGAGGAUUGAGAACUUCAAAUGAAAGAAUUAAAACUUAAACCAAAUUUGUAUUUCUUUUCAUUGUCAGAUGGGUGGUGUUCACCAGCCUUUAGUCUGAGAUGCAUUAGUAAGCAAGCAGACAUCAGCUUGUUUAUAUUAUUCUUUUGACAUUUUUCUAUAAUCCCAAAACCCUGCCAGAAAACUUGAAGAGUUCAUUAUUUGUAGAGCCAUAAUGCUUUGGUUUUUGAAGUUGGGAUUGUAUUCCCAACUAGAUCUAAUUAAUCUACAAUGAACAUGAAGGCUUUAAAUGUAAAUUGUAUACUUUUUUUGUGUAUUUGGAGUAUGAUGGGAAACCUGGUAGGCAACUUUCCUCACAGAUGUUUGCCUCCAGAUUUGAAGAGGGAUUGUGGAGAGGACCAGACCUGUGAGAGGCAGGAAAUGUUACCCUCAGAAGUGUCUUGUUGCUGUAAGCAGCGCUUGUAAAUGUGAAGGCUUGCUUGGUCUCUAACGCUUAGGUUUUUGAAUGUAGGUGCCUUUACCACCUGUGCUCCCAGGGGCAGCAGCCACCUUAUUUAGAAGGCACUAUAUUCUUGUAUUUAUUUAGAAGUCCAAGGAGUGGUGUGAACCUAUAUUAUCCCAGAUUUUUGGGGAGCCUGAGUUGGAAAGAUCACUUCAGCCCAAAAGUUCAAGACCAACGUGGCAAGCAACAUAAUUAAACACAUGUCAAUAAAUAAAUAAUAGUUGAAAAACACUCUUAAGAUGACUACCAACUUCUGUUUGUUGUUUUCCUCUUCCGCCUGCCUAAUAUCUCCUUGGGCAGCAUUUUUAUAUGAAGAAAACAUUUCCUGAAAUGUGCUACUAUGGCUGACGUUCUUCUUGAGUCACAGACUUCUGUUAGUUUCUCCUUCACUACGUAAGUUUUUAUCAACACUGCAAAUAUCCUUUCUUUGGCUUAUCUCUACCUCCUGUUUUACUCUGGGCCAUUUGCUAUUAGAAACUUGAAUGGUCUGUUUCAAAUAACUGUUUUUAUAGUUUCAAACGCUGUCGCAAAAUACUUCAUCAUUCUCUCUUCUUUGUUCAUAGGUCAUGGUACCUAAGCAAAUAGGAAUUAGGUUUGGCAUUUCUCCUAAAAAAUAAUGCACAGUACUUAUCUAAUCAAAUGGCAUCCAUUUGAAUAAAGUGGCAAUAAUUCAAGCUAGUUAAUGUCAGUGACAUUAAACUAACUCCGAGAUUGGGGAGUUUUAAUGUUAGAACUUAGGCUCACUAGAUAGAGCGUGUCUUCAUUUCUUCAUGGUAGCCUGUCUCUCCUGAGAGUUAUCGCAGUCUGUCUUUCAGCCUGCGAUGGUAGUGACGGUCAUACUUAAUUCAGCUUUGGUACUUGUGUGGAUUAAAACUGUUUGGGAAUCUUGAGACCAUCCAUUUUGCUUCUGCAGUGGUGGCCUUGGAAGUUUUUGCUUUUGUGUUUGAAGAUGUUUGUUUGGCAGGUGAGGCUUAUCUUGAUUUUAGUAAAUAGCUGACUUAAUAGCAUGGAUGUAGGAGCAAAUCAAAAGCUGCUAUUUCCCCAAAUUCUUAAUUGAACACUUGGAUUCACUUUUGAAUCACUAAUCUUGCUUUUCUAGUGGAUUUGUUAUUCUGCUACACAGAAAGUUGCAGUCUGGGUUUUACUACUAAACUGUUCGUCUCUGCAACAUCAGGAAGCUUUAGAAACUUCCAUAGGAAUCUGCAGAUGAUCAUAUGGUCUUAGCAUUAGAUGUUUUGUAUGUAGGAUUUUGUUUGUUUCUUCUCUUUUUCUCUCUCUUCUCUGCUCCUAUUUGUUCAUCAGACCAAGGUUUUGCAAGUAUGCAUGUAGGCCUCUGAACAAAACAACAGUUGUUCUUGUGCGUAGCCAGUGUACCAAUGUCUGCAUCUGCAGACCUUCCUUUAACGAGGUUUGGACUGACAUUUCACGUAACCAUCACAACAUUCUUCACGUCAUCAGCCCUUUCCCAGCCAGGAAGAGCAGAGAGGGCUACAUUGGCUCCAGUGACAGCUGGUAUUCGAUUUGAAAGUGGAUCUAUGAUAGAUGACACGAUAUUAUGACUAGAAGUAUGCAAGAAAUAAUCAGCAAAAAAAAAACCCUUAAUGCAAAUGUUAGUCAUUGCUCAGUCAUGAGAGAAAAUGUAUUUCUGAAUGCUGUAUUGUCUGAGACACUACCUGGUUUUUGUUCACGUGUAGUAGUCAUUGAAAAAAAGCCAAAGUCUCCAUCGACUGUAUUCUAAGGAAAUUUUAAAUGACCCCAAGUAACAGUGAUUUGUAUCUUAAUGUCUUGACGCAAGUCAAAGUCGGAUUUUGUUUAUAUAAGAAGUAAGGAUCCUGUGGCCCUUUGCAGGAAGCCAUCUCGUAUGUAUCUUUACUGUUGGAUUGACACACAGGCUGACACUGUUUCCCUUUGGACUUAAAAAUAAAAAGUGUUGAUAAGGAUCCAUUGUGACCUCUAUAAAUAUUUAGGAGCGGAAGUCUGAAAAGACCAUCAGCUAGUGUUGUGAAGGAAUACCACAGUAGAUCCUUUUUUGUAAAUUUACUUUGUAUUUAAUGAAAUGCACUAUAAAGGCUGGUGAAGUGUAAUAUAAUUGUGUAAACAAACAAAUCUUGUUAAUAGGAAGAUGUACAGAUUUGUUUUGUACUGUAUCUUGAAACUUGUGAAAUAAAGAUUCCUCCUCCGGUUA